AGCGCGGCAGUGUGGCGACAACGUUCAAGGGUUUAGCGUGUAUCGCUUCGUACCGCGGAUCGCAACUACUUUUACGUUACCGUUCAAAACCGGUUUGAAAGUGCUCUGAGGUGUGGCGUAGGCGGUCAGUGCAGCGUUCAACCGUAAAAUACUCUUUUCAAAGUUCAUAAUCAACUUUGUAGUUCAAAAAAGUGCAUCUGUGAGUCACCGCUCAUCGGACAACUGCUGUACAAUCAAGGGCGAAAGAGACAGCAAAACAUCACGUGUGAGGAAGUGAGAGGGGACGAGUCCAGUUUUACCAGUUUGGGAAAGGAUACAGUUUUUUUAAAUAGAGGAAAAAAUAGUGACCACGUUCGUGUGUCUAGUAAUGCGAGUGUUCAAAAUCAGUGUUUUGUGAGUGAUUUUGUUUUCGCCGUGGAUAAAAUGGCCGCCCUUCCCGCCCUUUUUGGAUUGCUUAUGGCCGUUGUAGUAACAGGUCAAAAUCUGGACAUCACACCAAGAGAAGCCGUGCGACGCGUCGGGGAUGAUCUCACCGUGCUUUGCAAAGUACCCUACCCCAUUGAUGCAUGUCGAAUGACAGUCGGAACAAUGUCGUACAGACUCAUCCCGAACAACCAAGAUGAAGAAAUUGUCUACGCCGGUCAAGGGUUACAGCACGGGGAAUGCGGCGCCCAUAUAAAACACAUAAAAGAAGAAUGGAACGGUAACAUAACGUGUACUCUACCGCCGCAGACGGGACAAAUCGAGGUCACUGGGACCAUGAGGCUACUCGUUGCCAGAGCUCCCGGUAACCCUCAGCUGCUUUCACCACCCCAGUCCACAUUCAGAGAAGGGGACGGCUUCAUGGCACAGUGCAUCGUGCCCAAUGGAAGACCAGCGGCUAAAAUCACUUGGUAUUUGGACGAGGUCCAACUCCUUGCUGGGAUACACCAACCUAUCAUAACCUCCGAACCUGGAAGCGACCUGAUGACCAUUAGCCAGAACGUGUCGAGGACCCUGGCACCAGAGGACAAUGGCCAGAAACUGGUCUGCAGAGCUGAACACGAGGCUUUGGACGCGCCGAGGGAAGCUGCUAGACAACUUGUUGUACACUACCCACCAAAACGCCUCGAAUCCGGCCCACUCACGAUCUUCGGGCUUAAACUGGGCGCAGAAGGGCGCCUCAACGUCACCGUGCGAGCGAACCCCGCGCCUUCCACCGAGUGGACCAUCGGAGACCUGGUGCUCAUACCACCCAGGAGCAACGAAGAUGGAUCCGUUACUGCGCUGGAACCUUUACAUUUGGGUAGCGGAUUCUACAAUGUGACAUUGGUACUCGCGCGCGUGGCCAAAGAAGACGUGGAACGGACCUACUACCUUCGCGUCACGAAUGAUUUGGGAAGGGAGGAGUUUGCCCUCCGAUUGUCUACCAUGGACGAGCCCGCUGCGCGCAAAGCAAAAUCAUCCUAUUUGAUUAUCGACGUUUAUGGUGUGGAAUUAGAUACUGGCGCAAUCGUCGGAAUCGUCAUCGCAGUGUUGAUACUGCUGAUCGCCAUUGUCCUCGUGGUCUUCGCCAAGGCAACUGGCAGGUGGUUCUUCGCAGGAAGCAGAGGACGUGAUCAUACAAAGAGCUCUGGAGAAUCGACUCCAGCUGGGGACGUGCUUUUAGAGAGUGGGACGCUACCUUCUAGAACUAGCGACACCGAGAGUGCGGCAGGCCAGCGCUCGCGGCUAAGUGCUCUAAGUGCUCGAGUUCGUGCAGCGUUACCGCGCGGACGUGAUCGCGUGCAGGCCACAGAACCUAUACCAGAAGUUGAAGAUAAGGCUGUAGCAGAAGAAAAGAAGGGGGUAGUUUACGCUGAGCUCGCUCUUGGUGAGCAAAAUCCAGACAAGCCUCCCCCACCUUCAACGGAGUACGCUGAGAUUGUGUACACUGACCAACCAGCACAGAUUAAAGAGACUAAAGAAUAGAUAUAUUUUAUUGAGGGACCGUUUUGUCAUAACCAUCCGAAUCCCAAAUUUCUAUCGUUUGUUAUAAAAAUUAUCUGUAUUUUUAUCAAUUUAAUUAAUUACUCAAGAAUUUUAUAUGCAUUGCAAGAUUUUUUAAUUGGAUUAAAAUGAUUGAUGAAAUGUAAUAUAACGUUUGUUUAAAAUGUUUCUGUGCAUGAGAUCGAGUAAUCAUCACAAACUACAAAGACAUAUUGUAUGAGACCACCGAGAAAAAUAUAUGAUAUAUAUUUAUUUUGUAAAAGCGAGGAGUAAAACGAAUUUUCGUAAAUUAUAAAAUAUGUCGAUUUUGCACACAGUAAUUUAUUAAAAUUAAGUAUCAUGAUAAAAUAAUUGUUUUGCUGUGUGUGAGGUCGAUAAUGUUUAUCUGCAGUAAUUAUUGUAGUUGUAAAAAAAUGCGGUAAUCUCAUUAAUUAUUCGACUAGUGUUAAGUAAAUGUGUGCUUUGAUAUUAUUAUUCCAUAUUCCUAUGUAAACUAUAAAUAUAAGAUUUUUUUAAAUAUAAAUCACUGCCUUUAUGCAGUUAUUGCAGUCUAGUAAUUAAAUAAUAGAAUAAAAACUAUUUGAUAUUCUCAAAAAAAUCGUAAUUUCUAUUUAUUAGAUUUUUUUGUGGUUUUAAGUACUUGAAAGAUUAUGCUAACAACCUGAAAGAAAUGAUUUUGGAACCACUGAAGUAAAUAAUUUAUGUCAAUUUGGCGAAAGUUUAUUUUUUAAAUAUACUUUUAUUUAAAAAUCUAAGGAUUUGAGAUACUUUAUGCUUAUACAAUACUUAUGAUUUUAAAAAUUAUUUACAAAAUUAAAACGUAAUUCCAUAUUGUUGGAAUGAAAUAUUAUUUAUAAAAUUUUAAUUAUUUUGAUACAAAGUAAAGUAACUUAUGAUUAAGAUAUAUUUUAAGUAACGACAGGGUUUCAAUGGAGGCUCUAUGUUAAAGCGUUCCAUUAUUUACACUGUUUUGUAAUUGUAAGGUACAAACAAAUUUAUUUUUAUGCUUGAUGUGAACCUAUACAGUAAAUAUCAUAUACAAGUUCAGUUUCAUUUAUAUGGCUGUUUUUAUCCAUCGUAGUACCAGUAGAUAAAGAUUUAGGUAUAACUUUAAAACGAACAUUUGCUGUCUCGGUUCACUUUAAGGAGUUUUAAGUUAGCAUACUUACUUAAACAAACGGCUCAAACUGAAGAGUCACUUGUGUUUUCGUGUUUUAGUUUAACCUCCGUCCAUAUUUGUAUAUUUUAGUUUAAGCAUUUCAAUAGGGUACCAGAUAUUAUUUACAAGACGAAAGUAUACUCGAUUACGUGGUGAUGAAUUUGAAGAGAUUUUUCACAAGAGUUCAAUUGAUAUGCGUUGUUGAGAAAAAAGGUGCUGUAUUAGAUCUUCAAUAAUAUUAUUCACAUUCACUUUUAGGUUCCACCCGUGUUACCAUAUUUUGUAUUGAAUUUUUAAAAAAAUUACAAAAGUGAAAAUACACUUUGUUACUUACUUAUAAUAUUAUAUAAUAUCACGUAAAUAAUACAGUAAUUUAAAUAUUUUGAAAAGUAUUUAUCGAAGAAAAUAAAUAAUUUUGAUUGAUAUUUAUUAAUAGUUGUAAGAUGCUUUAAAAACCACGCACAUUUUUUGAACAUUAUUUUUAGUAUUCUGACACAAAAACUUUUGUAUCGGAAAAAUUUGAUUCCGUUCACAAAUUUAUCUAAUAUUUAAGGCAUCACUGCUUCACGAUCACAAUAAUUUUCAUAUCUAAUUAUUCGCUCUCUCUAUUCAUAGCUCUCUUGCGUUUUUAUUUUUUAUCACAUGCUAUGCUAUCAAUUACCCCUCGCUUUGUGCACUAUGUACUUCGUCUUUACAAAAUGGCCUCGGUAUUUGAUAUAUUUAUGGCGGUAUAUAUGUCAAGCUUUCGUCUAAUGUCAAUGUCGUAUUUAUUUAACAUUUUGUAAGCUUUUAUCAGGUAACCAUCCAAAAAAUUCCAAAUCUGUUGAAUAUUGGUAAUAAUAGCUAGUAAAACCUGUGUAGUGUUUAUAUUAUAGAAAUGUUUUGAAUGGUAAACUUCGUGGUACUUAAGCGCCUAUGUAUGUGUAUUAUUUUAUUUAAGAUAUUAAAGAUCUUGUGUCAUA